AUGGGGCUGAGCUACGGGCUCUUCGUUUGCCUACUGCUCUGGGGAGGCUCGGAGCUGUGCUGCCCCCAGCCGCUCUGGUUCUGGCAGGGCGGGACCCGCCAGCCCGCGCCCUCCGUGACGCCCGUGGUGGUGGAGUGUCUGGAGGCCCGGCUCGUGGUCACGGUCAGCAGGGACCUUUUUGGCACCGGGAAGCUCAUCCAGGAGGCCGACCUCAGCCUGGGCCCCGAGGGCUGCGAGCCCCAGGCCUCCACGGACGCCGUGGUCAGGUUCGAGGUCGGGCUGCAUGAAUGUGGUAACAGCGUGCAGGUGACUGACGACUCCCUGGUGUACAGCUCCUUCCUGCUCCACGACCCCCGCCCCGCGGGAAACCUGUCCAUCCUCAGGACCAACCGCGCCGAGGUCCCCAUCGAGUGCCGCUACCCCAGGCAGGGCAACGUGAGCAGCCGGGCGAUCCUGCCGACCUGGGUGCCCUUCUGGACCACGGUACUGUCAGAGGAGAGGCUGGUGUUCUCCCUGCGCCUCAUGGAGGAGAACUGGAGCCGAGAAAAGAUGUCCCCCACCUUCCACCUGGGCGACACGGCCCACCUGCAGGCAGAGGUCCGCACGGGCAGCCACCCGCCCCUGCUGCUGUUCGUGGAUCGCUGCGUGGCCACCCCGACACGGGACCAGAGCGGCUCCCCCUAUCACACCAUCGUGGACUUGCACGGCUGUCUUGUGGAUGGCCUCUCCGAUGGGGCUUCCAAGUUCAAAGCCCCCAGGCCGAAGCCGGACGUGCUCCAGUUCAUGGUGGCCGUGUUCCACUUCGCUAAUGACUCCAGGCACACGGUCUACAUCACGUGUCACCUGAGGGUCAUUCCUGCCCAGCAAGCCCCGGACCGGCUCAACAAGGCUUGUUCUUUCAACCAGUCCUCCAGCAGCUGGGCCCCGGUGGAAGGCAGUGCAGACAUCUGUGAGUGUUGCGGCAACGGUGACUGUGACCUCAUCGCAGGCUCCCCCAUGAACCAGAACCAUGCUGCCCGGUCCUCUCUGCGAAGCCGCAGGCACGUGACGGAAGAAGCAGACGUCACCGUGGGCCCGCUGAUCUUCCUGGGGAAGGCUGGUGACCCUGCCGGCACAGAGGGGCUGGCCUCUGCUGCGCAGGCGACCCUGGUGCUGGGCUUCGGCAUGGCCACCAUUGUGUUCCUGGCUGUGGCUGCUGUGGUCCUGGGCCUCACCAGGGGGCGCCACGCUGCUUCCCACCCCAGGUCUGCUUCCCAAUAAAAAAUCAUGACUU